AUGGCUGAAAUCAUCGGCAAACGACAACGAAGAAAGAGCCUGAGCGUGUUCAGUCCAUCUCUCACAGUAUCGACCUCCCUCCGGCCUCCACUCCAUGACCGAACACCCUCGGAUGAUAUCUUGACCCGAAACAAGAAAACCCGACGGAAUUCUGGCUUCUUCGGCCGGUCUCACAGUCCUAAUAUAGGGUCCGAUGGAUCGAAUAACCGCCGCCCUGGGACGGCAGGCUCCGACACCGCUGGCUGGUCAGCAUCCACACCCGUCAAUGAAACAACACCUCGCCCGCGGAGGAAGUCGCUGCAGAAAAAGAGAACCUCGGUUUUUGGAUCCCUGAGGUCAUUGCACUCAUGGGAAGAUGAUGAACCUCUGAGUGCCUCCGUCGGCUCGGUGACAGAUGAGCAAACCAUGGCCAGUCCCCGAAAUGGGAUCUGGUCAUCUGCAAUCCUCCACCACGGGGAAGUUCAGACGACUGGAGGCAUGUGGAGGAAAAAGAGUCAAUAUUUGGUCCUUACGGAUACCCACCUCAUUCGCUUUAAGAACCAAGGCAAAGCCGCCGAUGUCUUUGGUUCUAUUCCUGCUUCUUAUACCCGGGCUCCAGCUUCCCAUCGUCAAUCAGUGGCUUCAGUCAGUUCUCUGCAGGACAUGCAAUUCAUGGCGUCUGGAGAUGCAUCGGCCGGAAUCCCAUUAAACAGCAUAAUUGCGGUCUACAUGUUGGAGGAUGCACGAUUAUCCCCAUCGGUUGAAGUGGCCUAUCUCGAUGAGCGCACGAACAAAGCCACGUUGGUUCAAAUGCAGACAUCUGAUCUGCAGGAAUUGAACCUUUGGAUGGUGGGCAUUCGCCAAGCCGCCCAGAUGGCUAGAGCAAAUUCUCCAAUGCCAUUUGGCAGGGGAUCAAUUGAGUAUGUAACUCGUAUGCUAGAACACGAGCGAGAUUACGACCCGGAGGUGUUCCGCAUGUUCCGGGUCAUUCAAAUCGCGUCCAGCAAGUCAAUCACCCGCUCUUCCUCUGAGGACCUGACCAAGCUGUCGCCCACGGGCUGUUAUCUUGCCAUUGGCGCACACAAGCUUCAUCUGCUGCCCAUGCAGAAGACAACCAAUCGAUCAUCGGUCGUAUCCUUGUCAGACUGGGAGGCCGGUACUUCGUUUGGUCUGAUGAACCUGACUGGUUUGUCCAUGGAGUACGGUGACGACAGCCUGCAUCUGACCUUUAGGGUUCCUCUCAAGAAAUCAUUCAAUGUGUUCUUGGCCUCUGUCCAUUCCGUUGAAGUCGCUUGUUGGAUCAGACAACAUACUGAAUAUCUCCGUCCAUUGUGGAUCAGACAGCCGUACGAAUUCGUUGUUCCGAAAGAACUGCAAAAUGACGACAACUUCCCGCCUGUUGCUUUAGAUGAAGAUUAUGGAUGCUUCGAUAGAACGUUGGUCGCCUACUCCGCCAGUUAUGACAUCGACACAUCGAAUAUUCGAUACACAAUCGACCAGGAAUGCGAGGACGCUCCAUGCUUCCGUCUCCUGAAGCCUGCUUCCCCAAAAACUCCGCGGUACAACGCUUUAGAACUCAUUGCGGUCAUGCGCACACUUCGCUAUAAUGAAUUCUUCCGGUCAAUCUCGUUCCGCGGAGUCAAUCUCGAUGCAUUGCAGGGCCUUCGUGAUGUUCAUGGUGUGGAUUCCGACGUCCAUCUCGACCGAGGGGGCGCCUCCGUGCACAUUCCAGGCCAGGCGAAUCUGACUGUUCUCUCGCAAGAGGUUCGAGCUUUAGCUCUCAAGAGCAAAUGGCUGCGCCGACUCGACUUCUCUUACUGCCUUACACGGAUACCGACACCAACUCUCGACAAGGGUACUCGUGACCCAGGUUGUGGGAUUCCAGAAGCGAUCUUCCCCGUGUGCCGCCGAGGAGAAUUGACAAGCGUAGACUGGGUUGUGCUCAACGGCAUCAAGCUGGGUGAGUCGGAUCUGGACUAUCUUGUCGAUGCGGCGUCACAAAGACGUAGUCACCUGCGAGCUCUGGAGGUCGGGGACUGUGGAUUAUCCGUGCAUGACCUAGACCUUCUUCUGUCGACUAUCGUCGCACAAGAAUCAACACUCGAGGCAAUCAACAUCUCAGGCGUGCAGGGCCGAUUGAAUCCCGAUGUACUCCAGCAAUACAUCGGCUACUUUGGACAAAUCCGCAAAAUCAACUUAUCUCGCAUCUCACGGACGUCUGGUACCGACCCGCUCAUCACGGCCGAAAUGCUGUUCAACUGGCGACUCGAAGAGCUGGCUCUCAGUCGGACGGUUGUCAACCGCGAGACCGUGGAUGCCAUUGCUACUUACCUGGCUAGCGAUCGCUCUCGAAACCUUCGUGUGCUUCGUCUUGAUCAGUGUGGUUUGACCGGAGAAGACGUAGCUAUGUUCAUGCACUCGAUGUCCGUUGGACCUGAUUCCCCGCGCAGUCUGCAUCUGCAUGUUAAUGAGAACCGCAUUGACAACGGCUGCUCUCACGUUUUCAACGCUAUUGCGAAGAAUCAGACCCCCUCGCAUCUGUCAAUGCGCAUGAUCGAUUUCAAGAAAGAGGACCAUUUCCGUCAGCUGGUGGACUCGGUUCGGCAGAACAGCACCCUCAAGUUCCUGGAUAUUUCGAAGGCUUCCCUCCCAUACGAUGCUAGCCCUGAGACUUGCCGAUCGUUGCAGGUGAUGCUCGAGGAGAAUGAGACUCUUGAGGCUUUGGAUAUUAGCGGUGAUAAUGCGCACCUUGAUGUUGCACGCUUCGGCAUUGGUCUUAAUCUUGCACUGACUGGCCUUAAGAGAAACACAUCUCUCAAGGUCCUGAGAAUUGAACACCAGAAACUCGGUCUCCAGGGUGCCAAUACGCUUGCCUCGGUCUUAGAGGAGAAUGAUUCGCUACGUGAAGUACACUGUGAGAACAACGAUAUCAACCUGCAAUCCUUUACGGUGUUGGUCAACGGCCUUCGGUGCAACCGCUCCCUUCUCACUCUCUCCUGCAUGGACCGGGAUCGAGUCCUGUCACUGGACAAAGUACGCCGAGAGGUUGAUAAUGUUCGGUGGGAGGCUAGCAACAGCAAUCAAUCUUCCACUGCGAACUCGGUCCGUCGCUCUCUAUAUGCAGCGAUGAGCGUUGGUCAAGGAGGGCAAGGGCACAGACUGAGCAAAGCACCGCCGCCUAGUGUCGCCUCAGCCUUGGAAAACUCUCCAUUCGCCAACCACAACGUUGAACUAGUCUUGCAGUCUCUGAACGAGAAAUGGGACGCUGAGGUGUCCCGGCUUAAUCGAUACCUCCUCCGCAAUUACAACAUUACCCAUGGGAUUGAGGAAAUUGAUGAUGCUGCCAGCGAUGGACGACCCGGAACAGCAGCGAGCCUGGGUACGAUGCUUGACAAUCUCAAAUUCGACGUGUCCGUGUCGGCAGAUGAGAUCCGAACAUCAUCGCCACCAGACGAGUCUCCUGCUGUCAUCCGACUCUCAGAGGCAUCCGACACCCGAUCCCAGUCCUCGUCGAACAUCGAGCCCACCUCCAUCCAACCAAAACGCCUUCCAUCCAAUACCCGCCGCCCUCAAACCGCCGCCCCUACACAAUUCGCUCCAUCCAGUCAUGGUUCUUCGACCUCAACCUCUCGCCUAGCUCUCCCGGUUCCAGCCGUGCCCCCGGCAGUCGGAAAGGCAGAGAGCGUCCGCAGUGCACGCAGUUCUUCCAGCAAUGCCUCAAUAGGCGCUGGCAGUACUCGAAGCGCCUACGGCGUCGCCUCAUCUACACUUAGAGGCUUUCUCAGCGGGACCGCGUUGAGGGAACGUCGCCGUGCAGAUGCAGUGCGUCCCUCGCCUGUGUGCGUCAACAAUGACAAGCCGCCUCAGCUAGACUGGGCACCACCAAAGCUUGACUUGGGAGGGCUCCAGUAG